AGGUGGGAGCGGUGACUGGCCGCGGGGCCCGCCCUCUUGAAAGCCUCCGCCGGGCUCGCGUAGGCUGCGUGCUCGGGGUGGGAGGGGCGCAGCAGCGCGUCUGGAGCCGCGGUGGUCCCGGUCCGCCCGCCUGCCUGCCUGCCUGCCAGCCGUUGGUUACUACUGCAGGCCCGCCUGCUGGGCAGGGCCGGCCCGGCCCGUCCAUGGAGUCCUACGAUAUCAUCGCCAACCAGCCCGUGGUCAUCGACAACGGUUCCGGGGUGAUCAAGGCUGGCUUUGCAGGAGACCAGAUUCCCAAAUACUGUUUUCCAAACUAUGUCGGGCGCCCCAAGCACAUGCGGGUGAUGGCUGGAGCCCUGGAAGGAGACCUCUUUAUCGGACCAAAAGCAGAGGAGCACCGGGGGCUGCUGGCCAUCCGCUACCCCAUGGAGCACGGCGUGGUGAGGGACUGGAACGACAUGGAGCGGAUCUGGCAGUACGUCUACUCUAAGGACCAGCUGCAGACCUUCUCCGAGGAGCAUCCUGUUCUUCUUACGGAAGCGCCACUCAACCCGAGUAAGAACCGGGAGAAGGCGGCGGAGGUGUUCUUCGAGACCUUCAACGUGCCGGCCCUGUUCAUCUCCAUGCAGGCCGUGCUCAGCCUGUACGCCACAGGACGCACGACGGGAGUGGUAUUGGACUCGGGGGACGGGGUCACCCACGCCGUCCCCGUCUACGAGGGCUUCGCCAUGCCGCACUCCAUCAUGCGGGUGGACAUCGCCGGCCGCGACGUCUCCCGCUACCUCCGGCUGCUGCUGCGCAAGGAGGGGGCGGACUUUCACACCUCGGCUGAGUUUGAGGUCGUCCGGACCAUCAAAGAGCGGGCCUGCUACCUGUCCAUCAACCCCCAGAAGGAUGAGGCUCUGGAGACAGAGAAGGUGCAGUACACCCUGCCCGACGGCAGCACGCUCAACGUGGGACCAGCGCGGUUCCGGGCCCCUGAGCUGCUGUUCCAGCCAGACCUGAUAGGGGAUGAGAGUGAGGGACUCCAUGAGGUUCUGGUCUUCGCCAUCCACAAGUCUGACAUGGAUCUGCGCCGCACGCUGUUCGCCAACAUCAUGCUUUCCGGUGGCUCCACGCUUUUCAAAGGCUUUGGCGAUCGAUUACUAAGUGAAGUAAAGAAGCUUGCCCCAAAGGACGUCAAAAUCAAGAUCUCGGCCCCUCAGGAACGGCUGUACUCCACGUGGAUCGGGGGCUCUAUCCUGGCCUCACUGGACACUUUUAAGAAGAUGUGGGUAUCCAAAAAGGAGUAUGAAGAGGACGGCUCCCGGGCUAUUCAUCGAAAAACCUUCUAGUGGCCAAGGAGGAAGGCAUAGCUCUGGGAGGAAGGGGGAACCAGAGUCCUUAACCCUCUGUGGUUGGGUUCACAGACGAGGCCUGGACCCCCUGCACGCCCUGAACCCUGGGCAAGUGGUGCAACAGCGCUUCGCUGAAGCCUCCCCUAUACACAUGUGCACACGCGCACACAUAACACACACGCACACACGGUCGCAGUUAGCUGCAUGGAUGGGAGGCUGGAGCUGGAAGGUAGGAAUUGAGGGGCCUAGCUUCGGAUGGUUCUGGGUGUCCCCCGUGGCAGAGCCAGUUAGGCCCGUGGUUCUCUGCUUCCCUAAGCUCCAAGGCCAGACACCGGAACGCCCCCAUCGCCUCUGACAGAACCCCUCCGAGUGCCUGGAUGCCUGCGUGACUAGCCCUGGGGAGUGGGGGGCUCCAGCGGUUCCCUUUGCUGUGUGACUGCUCCUUGUGCCACAUUCUUGUCCUGACCCAGCCGAGCAGCCCAGAAGGCCACACCUUGGCGUCCCUGACCCCCUCAUGCUCUGUCCUCUCGUCUUUCCACGUGGGCGCUUUGGUGUAGACUGAGUUCUGGGCAGUCUUCCGACCCCAGUGAGGGGGUCUGGGCCAGGGUCCAACCCUGUGGAACCAGGACAGGAUGCACGGGGUCUGGGCAGCCACAGUGGGUUGUGCGUUCUCCCCGUCAAAGCACUUCAUGGACUUGCUGCUCCCUCUCCUUUACCCCAGUACCUGGGACAGGAAGGGUUAAUGGUCUUCAUUUGUUGAGGGGAAGCCACUUAAUCAGGAGUCAGACCUAGUGGGGGAGAGGGGAGGCACAUUUCCUCCUCCCACUUCUCCCACAAAAGAGGUCUUCAUUUACCCUAUGGCCAGGACCCCCAUUCCCUCUCCCACAUACGUACAAUAACUUAACACAGUUGCCUGAAAAAACUUUUUGUAAGUCAUUAUAGUAAUAAUUAUGGAAAAGGCCCAGCGCA